GCUCCCUCCCUCAUCGGAGCGCUCGGAGAGUACUCGUCAUUUUUCCUUUCAAUUAUUGUUUCGAAUUAUUAUUCGUGAAACUCCGUUAAUCUUAGGUAAGCAUGGGGACCGCGGUUAACGCCGUGUUUCUAAUAACUGGUGGCUAUGCUCUGCGAUUAGCUUUAAUGUGGUCAGAAUUCCGGGGUAGAAUCGCAGAUCGUGUCGAACUCAGCACACCGAUGAAUUCGUGGAAGAGAGUUGUUGAAGGAUACUUUUUGGAGAAGCAUGGAAUCAAUCCAUAUUCAGGUGAUAUUCUUCAUGAGCCAUAUCUGUCGCUUCGAUUCUAUUCGCUUCUGCUGACGUUCCUUCGAAGUAACGGUCUUGUGCAUCUCUUCAUUGUAGUUGACCUGCUGACUGGCCUCAUUCUUUACGCAGCGUCAAAGAAAUGCGUCCAGAUCCUGUUACAUCAGGAUCGCAGCCUGUCGAAGGCACAAUCCUCAAGAAAACUCGUUCUGACGAUAGCAACAGCCCGACAAAUUCCCACCCUCGUACUCACUGUCUACUGUUUAUCGCCGUUCAAUAUUCUGUCAUGUGUGUCACAGAAUACGUCGAUAUUUGACAAUCUAUUGCAUACUCUUAGCCUACUCGCUAUGGUGUACGGCGCUUGGCCGCUAAGUACGGUAACUUUGGCAUUGCUCACGUCUCGCUGUCUUCACACAGUUAUUCUUGUCGUGCCAGCGGUACUGUUCAUUCGACAUCGGACCCCGUGUAUUCUAUUCCUGUCAGCGUACACAGCAAUUUUAGCCCAGUUGAUGAGUUUUAAUAGCGAUUCGCAUAUCUCUGCAUAUUACUUUCAGCUCGCCGUCACUGAUUUGACGCCGAACGUCGGCUUAUUUUGGUACUUUUUCACGGAACUGUUCGAUCAUUUUCGAUGGUUUUUCCUGUGUGUGUUCCACCUUAACGUAUUUAUCUAUGUGGCUCCACUGGCAAUUAAGCUGCGCAAAGAUCCACUGUUGUUGUACUGGACACUCAUUGUCACGGUGUCCGUGUUCAAACCGUAUCCAAGUCUUGCCGAUUUUGCGUUUUACUCUUCGUUACUUCCCAUCUUUCGACAUCUAUUCGACCUGAUGCGUCAGGUCAUUGUAGUGUUCACAGCCAUCGCACUCUGUCUCGUCCUGACACCAAUCAUGUGGCAACAGUGGAUUUUCGCCUAUUCAGGAAACGCCAACUUUUACUUCGCCAUGACGCUAUUGUACAACGUCGCACAAGUGUUUCUGCUCACCGACCUACUGGUAUCGGAUAUGAAGCGUAAAUUCUAUCUUCAGCACGGUGACGCAAAGGAGUUUGAAGCCAAAAAACUUAAACUUACCCUUGAGUAGCGAUCGAAGAGUGAGAGCAGUUCGUUGCAGACGAAUAAGAGAGACAAAUAGAGCUUGACACCUAGAGAGGCUCCCUAAAUGAAGACAAGUGCAGCCACAGCAGAAUACCCUCUGCUGAUAACUGUUAAUAAUAUAAUUAUAGUGAAAUUUUUAACCUUUUUUCUCGAAGCAGAUUCAGCGAGAAAAAUUUUCUAGAGCAAUGUUGAGUAUGAACUGUCAAUACGGUUUGAUAAAUCAUGCUCAUAAAUACAAUAAAUAUAUAGUUAAGUCAUAGAGUGAAAAUGUUUAUGAAAGGUAACUGAAAGCAAAAAUAUAGCGUACAAGUAGAAGAAAACAAAGAAACAUAAUGACGAGACUUACAGCAUGUAAAUAUGUACAGACUUUCUACGAUGAAGUUAAUGCGGUGUGCUGAAUAAAAACGAAAUGCGGCACCUCUGAUAAAGGUGCCUUCGAUAACAAGAUGAAUAAUGUAGUAUGACUUUUGAGAAUCACCCAAUUGUAGUUAGAUUCAAAUUUCAGUUGUAAAACUUUUUUUUAAUUAGUAUUUGGCGCUUAGAGUAUUUUUUAAAGACAGUUUGAGUUACUGGAAAUAACGUCUCGCACAGGCUGGAGAAAUGAUGUACUUUUUAAAGUAGAACCUGCCAAAUCGAGUAUUCUGUCUAUACCGAUUCUUUCUAUAUGAAUAGUUGAUAUUGCAUAUAAUAUCAGGGUAGCUGAAUUUGCGUUGUAAAUGCCUACUCCCAAAAAUAUCUUUAAAUAUUAAAUAAGUUAGUAAAAAACUUGCUUUUUACUUAUAUUUUCAAAAAAUGUGAGUCCUACACAAAUCGUUUUCGUGGUUAGUUGUUAAUACCAAAUUUGUAUAGCUUAUCAUGUUAUUCAAUCACUGACUUUGGUUUAGUUUGUAAAAAAACUGGUUUCAUGUUCGACAGUCAUGUAGAAUUUUAUGAGCUAUUCUAACUGAAAUAUACUUCAAAUAAUUAUGAUUAUAUUUAUGUUGUCAGUUUUCUGUAGUAAAUUCAUACGGGAUCUUAACUUUAAUUUCGUUUGUUUUAUAGUUAUCUAUACGAAUCUUAAUACCAGUGGAUAGAACCCAAAAAUGGUCACAUCCUUUAUAGUCACUUAAUUUGUGUUUCAUAAAAUUGAGGAAAGCGAAGCCUUAAGCCGAACUUCAGAAAUCACAAACUUGACGAAUAGAUCUUUGCGAUACUAGUUAGGCUAUUCCUGCGCCAUUAGGAACAUUAAACAGUAAAUAACAUUGGAGUUUCUAUAUUGGCGGCU